CAGUUAGUUGCGCCUUCAUAUCCCCCACCUGAAUGCGUUUCACGGUCUUGUUCUUAUUCAGUCCCUAGAUUGUCCUUCAUCGAUCCCACCUAUGUAUACUUUUUCGCUCUGAUUCUCGACAAUUCCAGUGCCUUUCGCCGCCGUGCAAGCUCCAUUUACCGCUCUGACUGUAGCAUCAUUCUGAUAAAGUGUGGCCAUCUUUUCUUUCACAAUAGCAUUCUAACCAUAGCUGAUAGCUGGCAAUUGAACUGAUGGAAACUGGAAAGGAUUACAGUGUGUUUGAUACCUGCAGAAAACUAGGAGAGUUUCCAUGUUCAACUAAACUGCACAUUUACUUGUAUGUGGUCCAUUUCAAUUGAAACUAUUUAUAUGGAAAGAAAUAAUACUACCAUUUAGCAUUUGAGACUAAGUUUGACAAGUUUUGACCAUGAGGUUUGGCAGUUGGAGCUACUAUAUCAUCAAGUAUCAAUUGAUUGGAUCUAUUGCUCUUGGUUGCUUCUCCUUAGUAUAAGUUAGCUGAUUUUCUUUCUUUCUUUCGUUUUGGACAACGGAUGAUGAACUACAAUGUGCUUUUGAGAAGAUGCAUGAGUUCUCCACUGUUGAUGGUUUUGUGGAGAUAAGUGAAUGCUUGGCAGAGAUGAUAAAAUUUGUGGCUAAUGAACCAUCAGUUGGGCUUUUCUUUGUCCAGCAGCAUGCUCACAAUGCAGUGCCUAAUGUCGUCAAACUUACAAGAAAUGUUGCAGAGAAAUCUCAUGAAACAACUUUGCACACAGAAGAUUUUGAAGACUCUAUUACUAUGCUGAGAUCUAUGAAAGAGUGUGGAUUCUCCAUAGCUGAUGAGAUGAUGGGAGAUAUCAAAAAAUCUUUAGUAACUAUGACAACAAAACAACCAAAACGAGGGACAAUCCAACCAUGGACUUCAGAUUUCGAAACACAAAGAGCUAGCUCGUGGGGUAAUACUCCAUUUUAUGCCCUAGAGGGCAGAGAAAAGAGGGGAAACUAUUUUUCCAGUGUUCUUAAGUCAGCAAAACAGAAGGCUAGCAGUCUGAAGUGGCGACACCUUGAUCCGUGGGGACCAAUGGAUUGCAAUGAUGACAAGCCUCUCUUGUUCACUAAUCCAGCAUUAUCAGUUGCGUCCUCAAGCACUACUUCAUCUCUACAAGGCAUGGAAACCGACGAGCUACCUCUUUCAAUCCAAGUUGAAGAUGAAUCUCAACAACCGGAAGAGAAUGGGACUGCUGAUUGUGGGAGCAAGUUGUUGCUGGUAUCAGAAAAGUAUGAUGAUUUCAAAGCAGAUAAAGAGGCUAAGCUGGAGGAUUGGCUAGAAGGGAACAACUCUUGAUGAUAGUUGCCUGGCAGUUGAUGCAGGAAAGGUUUCGGAUUUAGCAACACUUGGGAACAAAGCUUAAUUAAGCGUGUGCUGUAUAUACCGCAUGUGGACGAUAACUAUUUGUCUCUGGAAAGAGAUCAUAAGUAAAUGUUUUGUUACGCUGGAAACGUUUAAUCAUAUUUGUAAUGAUAGUUUGGCCAUUUUGAACCAA